GUCACAGCUUCUCUUUUGCUGUAGGGUUUGCUGAAUCAUGUGACAUAACAAGACGCAGGAGUAAAUGAGACGAGAGAGAAGGAUGACAGGUAAAUGAAAGCUGAGUCUCCACAUGUCGUCUUAUGUAAACACCCACAUGUUGGUGAGACACUGGCAGGGGAUGAAGAAAGCAAGCACAGGAGAAGACUUUGAGGAGGGAGUCGUGAUGGGCAGGUCUCUGUUUUGUGCAAAGGCUGGCAUCAAGAAAGGCCCUUGGACUCCAGAAGAAGAUAUCAUACUGGUCUCCUACAUCCAAAAACAUGGUCCUGGAAAGUGGAGAUCAAUACCUGCUAAUACUGGUUUGAUGAGAUGCAGCAAGAGCUGCAGAUUAAGAUGGACAAACUACCUCAGACCAGGAAUCAAGCAUGGCAACUUCACUCCACAAGAAGAAGAAUUGAUCAUCCAUCUCCAGUCAUUGCUAGGCAACAAGUGGGCAGCCAUAGCUUCGUACCUUCCACAGAGAACAGACAAUGAUGUCAAGAACCACUGGAACACCCACAUGAAGAAGAAGAUGAAGAGGUAUCAAGCAGCAAUCAGCAGCCACAGUGCUUCAUCCAGAGCAGGCAAUGUGUGCCAUGAGUUUGCAUCGAGAUGCUACAACACUGGAAGUGGAAAUUCUAAUGCCUCCACCACCCAUUCUACUCUCCCCAUAUCCAAUCCAAGUACCUUAAAAUAUGCUUCAAGCACAGAGAACAUCUCGAGGCUUUUACAAGGGUGGAGUAGGCCAUCUCAAGAUCAACAUAUAAGAUGUCAAAGCAUCACUAGGUUUGCCAACAGCAGCACCAACUCCUCAACUCCUGUGUGUUUCAUGGGGAAUCAAAUUAAGGUUGAAUUACCAGAGAGCUACAAUCCAGUCUCCAAUGAAGAACUCAAAUCAUUGCAAUUUUUCGAGGGCUCGAGCAGAAUUGAUUGGGAGGAAUCAUCAUCAGGAGCCACCUUUGGUGGGUCUCAGUCUGUCCCAGGUUGUUCUGAUGGGCAGAAGAUAUUGGAUGAUCAACACUCUCCUUUGACAAUGCUGGAGAGUUGGCUUGCUGAUGAGGCUGUGUAGGACAGGCAGAUUUCUCAGCCCUACCCACUAAACAAUGAUCAGAUGGAGUAUGUUGAUUUACUAAUACAAUCAUCUACAUGAAAAUAUCCAAAGCUUCAAAUCUGUUCUCAAAUGUAAAGUAUUAAACUGUGUUUUCCAUGUGAUCUCAACUCACUCAAGAACAGGCAUUUGCAAGAAGUGAAUGAACUCAUCAAACAUGGAAAAGUUUGCCAAGAAUAUUAUUGUUGUAUCAUCACUGUUAUUUGGUGUAUGAUGACCAUUUACAUUGAAGUCUCCUAGUCACCCAUAUCUUAUGAGUGUUUGAGCAAGAUGAUGAGCCAAAGGCUGCAGGGGUAAGGAUCCAUGCAUACACAUCUCUCUCUAGAUCUUGCAGUGGUGUUGAGUUCUUUGCAUUGAGUCACCCAUAUUUGUUUGAGCAACAAGUGAAACUAAAUCUGGAUGCAUUGGCAUGUGCCAUGAGUUCGAUGCACAGUAAUGGUUCCCAUUCAAUGAGCAAACUUAAUUUGUUUGAGCCAAAAUAAUGAGAAAGAAAAGAAACUUGCCUUUCUUGAGAAGUUUAAGAUGACAGCUUUAAAUCACGGCAAGGCAGACAAAGAACUCUGCAUGUGAGGCCUUCAAGUUGUUUGCAGAAGAGUAGAAGGAGGCACUCUGCCAGCAGCAAUUCUUCUUUAACAGUGUGAAUUUUUGUUUUCUUGCCAGAAAACAAAAAUUAAAAGCAACAUCAUAGUCAUUGAGCAAGAUAUAAUCUAAUUAUACUAUUUUACAAGAACCCCAAAAUUGUAUUUGUAACCAUGCCAUGAUUUAGGUGCAAGCAAACUACUCAGAUGAUGAAUGGGAUAGGAACAUGAGUUUGCAAAUAUGCCACAUUAUCAACAUAUGAUAGAGCUUCUGAGACAAGCCUUAAUCGCAUGUUGAGUGCAGGAUCCUAUCAGUUGCCUUGGUCCUUGGGUCACUGACAAUAAAUCAGUGGUCAGAAAAGUAGCAUGGACAAUCAUGUUCUUAAACCUUUGAUGAAUGCCAUUGACGAGACAUGAUUUUAAUUUAUAUUGAUCACUCCCCCUCAACAUGUACGUGAUAGAUAGUUCAACCCGACAAGUGACAAACAACCACCUUGGCUAAGGGAGCAUAUCAUUUCUGACAUCAAACUACUUUCUAUUACAACUCAAUUCCUAUACAAUUCUACAUUGUUAUCAU